AUGUGGGUGUUUUAGACCUACCGUACUGCUACGUGUCAAACGUUCUCAAAGGUCAUUUGAAUUAAAUAAUUUGAAUAAGAGUGGCUAUGUGCACUUAUCAUCAUUACUCAGUCCUUCCCUGGAGUGAGUGUUGCAGGCAUGAGCGCCUGGCAGAGCUGUGUGCAGUAUUUAUUUUAUUAUGAAACGCCAAAAACACUGGUUAUUCCCAACAUAACUGCCGGGUGUGUGUUCAGGUUCACCCAGCUGCUGGUGGUGCUGUAUGUGCUGGGGUAUGUGUGUUUGGUGCAGAAGGCGUACCAGGACACGGACUCUGUGGUGAGCACCGUCACCACCAAAGUGAAAGGGUUCGCCUUCACCAACGCCUCCAGUAUCAAAUACUUUGACGUGGCUGAUUAUGUAAUACCACCUCAGGGAGGAAGUUCAUUCUUUGUUUUAACCAACAUGAUCGUGACCCCUCAUCAAACUCGGUCACGCUGUCCCACGUUUCCAAACCCUUCUUCUGUUUGUGUGGAUGACUGUGACUGCAUCGAGGGACUGAACGAUCCUCGGGGCAGCGGUAUUCAGACCGGUCUGUGUGAGAACUUUUCUACGACUGUGAAAACCUGCGAGGUGAUCUCAUGGUGUCCUCUGGAGAUAGACGCUGGUCUGCCUGAACACGCUCUGCUGGAUUCAGCUGAGAACUUCACCGUGUUGAUCAAAAACAGCAUCACGUACCCGAAGUUCAAAAUCCACAGAAGAAACAUAGCACCUCAUAUUAACUCCUCAUACCUGCGCAGCUGUGAGUUCAAUCGAUCCACAGACCCGGACUGCCCCAUCUUUCGCCUGAAAGACAUCGUGUCGGAGGCCGGGGAGGACUUCCAGGACAUGGCUGUGAAGGGCGGUAUCCUCGGUAUUAUCAUCGACUGGAGCUGCAAUCUGGAUUGGUGGGCCGGGAAAUGUUCCCCUAAAUACAGCUUCCGUAGGCUGGACAGCAAAAGCCCAAACAAUGACGCGGCUCCUGGUUACAACUUCAGGUUUGCGAAAUACUACAUGGACCAAAGUGGAGAGGAAUUUCGAACAUUAUUUAAAGCUUACGGGAUCCGGUUUGAAGUCAUUGUAUAUGGAACUGCGGGAAGAUUUGGAAUGGUCCCUACUAUAGUGAACUUGGGUGCAGCACUGUCAUUCCUCAGUUUGGUUCCAGUGGUUGCUGACUGGUUUCUGUUGACGUGCCUGAGGAAAAGAGAUCUUUAUAGCAGACAUAAAGUCUCCUAUCUGAGAGAGGAUGCUGACACUGAGGGAGAGACAAUGCACACCAGCUAUGGAACCAAGUAGCCGGCAUCAACAUGCAUUGGGGUCGCUCUAUCAAAAAUAAAAUGACAACAGAGAUCUAAAACAUUA